AUUAAGUUCCUCAGCGUCUUGUCUCCCGAGACGGAGACGGCAAUGGCGAAGGAGCGCUGACGAAACCCUAGUUCGAUAUCUGCAACGACUUGGUUCCGAAGAGGUAAUGCCGCCUCUGGCCAUGUCGAAGAAGGGUUGUAUCCGACGGGAGCUCUUGGACCGGUGGAACGCAAUCCAGGAAGAGGAGGACAAUUCUUUGCCGUCCAGCGAACGGCGUGUCCUUCGAGUGAAGGAGGAAUGGUUUUCAGAUUCCUUCAACUUUUUGGUCAAUUUACCAGAGGAAAAGCAUAUCUGGUGUGACUUCUCAGACCUAAUGGUGCCUCUUUUGGAGACAUUCCAUAAUUAUUUCAAAGAUGCAAAUUGUGAUUCACCACUCAAGAUUUUGUGGAAGCGAGUUUCUCGAGAAUUAGGUCACUGCACCCAAUGUAUAUGUCAACAUCAUCAUGCUCAAGAAUAUUACAAUGUUGAGUACGAAACAGAUACUGUUGAUCCUCUACUGACUGUAUUGCAAUGCCUUGACGAAGAAAGGGUAACAGAGCAUCUUAGAAAUAUUAAUGCAAAAAUUCGCUGCAAGGAAUACAAUCCAGAAUCUCAGGGUGCAGAAAUUGUUGGUGUGAUGUUUGAAGUGCUAAUGUUUCCUCUAUUGUUGGACGACCAAUUACUAGCCAAUGAGUUUCAAUUUUUUAUUGAGGCAGUUGAUGAGUCUCAUGAAGUUACUCUCUCAAGCAAUCAACAGUACCCAGGGAUUUAUGCUCUACUUUUUCUUAAAAGUGGGAGAGCUCGAGCAGUUGGGUUUCGUUUGGCUGGAUGCAUGGGAAAGCUGAGGAGAGCAGCAGAUCUAGAGUCUAUCCAGGCUUUAUUACGAAAGUAUAUUGGGUUUCUUGAAGCAGAUGUUUUGCCAUCAGUCUCAGAUAUGUUAAGGCCAAGAGUGCAGCAUGAGCGCAUAAAUGUAUGGAAUGGCUUUAAAACAUUGCUUGGCUUUCUUGAGGCAGAAGCCCUUGAAGAUGGGAUACUGGAGAAAUAUCCUAUUUUCUUAAGUAUAGUACUCAACCAUGUUAGUGAUGACACAGCUGAGUUCUCAUUUGCUGUUGCUUGCCUUAGGACACUAUUUGAAAUGCUUGGAUGUAAGUUAUGGUUGAGAACAACACUGUCUCCCAGUAUGAUGCGCAACACUCUAUUGGGACAAUGCUUUCACACCCGCAAUGAGAAAAGUCAUAAAGAAAUAUUUGAUCUUUUUCUACCUUUUCUACAGUCUCUUGAAUCUUUGCAAGAUGGAGAGUAUGAAAAACAACGAAGGCAUUUUCUUUAUUUUCUUCUUCAUCAAGUAACUCAGAGUAAAAACUUCAGCAAUUUAAUGAGAAAGAAUUCUUGUAAGAUUUCUCUUCUUAUUGUACAUCGUGGUUAUAUGCUGAAUCCUCCAUGCCCACCUUCUGAAUGCGCUCACAUGUGGGGUCCCUCUUUGGUCAACUCAUUGAUGGAUUCAUCUCUGCAUUCCUCUUUGCGUCAGCCAGCAUUUGAUCUAAUCAAUACCAUAAUAGUUUCUGAUGCUUCUGCUUUGGUUUCCUUGAAACUGAAGAAUAGAACUUCAACUUGUCAAUCAAGUACCCACCAAGUUUUUGUUGUUGAUGAGGAUGAACAACUAUUUUCUCAUGAUGUUGAAGAGAAGGAUGAUAACUGUUGGAGUGAAUUUAGCACCCAAAACAAACUUACCUCUUUUGAAUGUACAGAAUGGGCCUGUAUCCCAAUGUUAUGGUUCGAAGUUCUAAUUAAAAUAGAACCCUCUAUGCUUCCUAUAUCCUUUUCCAAGGCUGUUUUCUGGGCUUUGUCUCACAUAUCAUUAUUGGAGUUUGCCUCUAUGAUGGAAUUAUCAUCCUCCAUUGAAGAAUGGUUGUCAGUAAAUGCUAGAGAAAUUUCAUCAUCUUUUGGUUGGGAAAUUCCUACUGGAACAGAUGAUGGUGGUGAUGGGAAGGAAUGUAGAAACUCUGUCAGGGCUUCAUCUAGGACAUUGGUUUUAACAAAAACACUCAAAAGGUUUGCUGCCCAUUUUGUAUUGCAAGUAGAGCGACAUGAACUUCAUAAGCAGUGGACUUGGAUGCCAAAAAUGGCUGAGAGCUUGAUACUUUUGAUUAUAAAUCCGGAUGAUGGUAUAAGACAAGUCGAUAGAGUUAUAUUGGAACAUGUUUCAAGGACUCGAGGUUUGACUUCAGGGCUUCAGUUUCUUUGCUCUAGUGCUACUUCUAUGUCUGCUAUCUUUUCCGGGUUGAGAUUUGUGUUGCAACAGGUCUUAACUGAUUCACUUGUUGAAAACUUUCAUAAUCUUCAUCACCUCUUUUUCAUCAUCCGCAAACUUUUAAAGGAAGUAGUUACCGCCAAUCUAAUAUCAUUUAAAGAGGAUUUCAAAUCUGAAAAUCAUGCAUUUCAUGGGGGUUUUUUGCAUCAACCAUGCUUUGAAGAUUUGCCAGACACAUCUGAUGGAAACUCAGGUACCAUAGUUGAUAUGAAAUCCUGGGAGAAAUUUUGUUGCUCUUUAUCAGCAGUUGUAUGGCCAUCAAUUGUCAAAUGCUUAAAGAAUGGGAAGGAAUUAAUCAAUUCCAAAUCUUGUCAGAUGACAAGUGUACGGUUGCUCGAGGCACUGCCUGCUGUUUUUGAAAGCCUCAGUUUUUCUUCACCUGAGUUGUCUGGCAAUCUAGCAUGCCUAACGUAUGAUAUCCUUGAUCCUAAGUGGCUGUCUGAUUUGGUGGAAUGGGGGAGAUCGUCUCUUAUUGUUGUUAGUAGGCAUUGGAAGCAGUGCACACUUACGCUUCUCAACCACUUAAAAAAUUCACGGACUCUUAGGAUAUCAUGCAAUCUAGAUGUCAUUCAAGAAAUUAUGUUACAGGCCACUGUGCCGAUUGAUAACCUUAAAGAGAGAGUUCGUCAACUCAAGAUAUCACUUACUCAAGAAGCAUCAGAAAAUAAAGUGCAAAGGGGAAUGCUAUUGUUUUCUGAGCCUUUCCGUGAGAAGCAAACUGUUCCCAAGACUUGUUUAUAUGAUGAUCAUGUUAGUGCUGGGGUGACCUUGCUUCAGUCAGCUAAGAAUGAAAACGUUAUUGUACUUUCAGAUGAUGAAAUAGAAGAAACAGUUUCUCCUGACUUUAUUGGCAUAGGGAACUCAUCAGAUCACCAUAAGCAGACGGAUACUACUUUGCCAAGUGACAAUCUUCAGAAUUUUUCUUCAAAAAUAUCUCCUACGAACACUCAGCUCUCUUCUCAUAAUAUACCACUGAAUGAUGCGUUUAGUGGUAAUAUGGUUUCAUCAGAGUCGUCCACCUCUGCAAGCACACCUUUGAUUCCUUUAAAGAACUUAGGAGCAGAUAAAGAAAUAACUAAGUCAUCUAAUACAAGCGAGGACAUUUCAUCUGUUAGGAAAGACAAGUCAGUUAGCCAAGCAAAAAUGCCAUCUGCUAAAAAAAUUUCCUUAUUAAAAGAAAAGGAUGCUGUUGCUAUCAAAGAGUUGAUACGUGAAGAUGAUGAUAUACUAGAACAUGCACUUAAUAGACCUACACAUUCUAAAUUGUUUCCAACAAAGCAAAGCAUAUCUGUACCUAGAAGGCAAGUUGUACCACUUCAAUUGCCAACUAAAAACAAAGUAGGUUUUCUUAAUAGAAAAGAAUCUGGGAUCAGAAGGCUUAAACCUCCUAAACUAGAUGACUGGUAUCGACCCAUCUUAGAGUUAGACUAUUUUUCCCUUGUGGGUUUGACCUCUGGCAUUGAUGAUGGAAAAUCUUCAACUAGACUAAAAAAAGUUCCUUUAUGUUUUGAGUCAUCAAGCCAUUAUGUGCAGAUUUUCCGGCCAUUGGUAUUGGAAGAGUUCAAAGCUCAAUUACAUAACGCACGCUUAGAGACUUCUACAGAAGAUAUGUGCUGUAACAACUUAAGUAUAGUUUCAGUUGAAAGGGUGGAUGAUUUUCAUCUGAUUCGUGGCUGUCUUGAUUCAACUCAAAGUGUCGCAUCAAGAAUGUGCACAGAAAAUGAUUUGGUUUUGCUUACAAAGGAACCUUUGCAAAAUUGUGCUCAGAAUGUGCAUGUACUGGGAAAGGUGGAGAGGCGUGAAAAAAAUGACAAAAGUUAUUCAAUAGUUCUUGUUAUCAGGCUAUAUCUUCCAAAUGGUUCUUCAAGAUUCAACAAAGUGAGAAGACUGCUCAUUGAACGAAGUAAAUGGUUUUUAAGUAGGCUAAUGAGUAUCACUCCCCAACUUCGAGAAUUUCAAGCCCUGUCCUCACUUAAUGACAUCCCUGUUCUUCCAAUCAUCUUAAAUCCUUUGAAUCAUGCUGCUGGAUAUUUGGGAUCUAAAAAGUUUUUGGAAAAACUUUCUCACUCCUUGCAGAAGAUCUUGAUAUCAUCAUAUAAUGAUAGUCAGCUUCAAGCUAUAAGCUUUGCCAUCGGAUCAUCUGAGUCCAAGGAAAACUUUGAAUUUUCUCUCAUUCAGGGUCCUCCAGGAACUGGCAAAACUAAAACCAUUGUUGCCAUAGUGAGUGCGUGGCUUGCUUUACCUAAGAACUAUUGCUCCAGAAUAUCAAGCAUGCGUUCAGUGUCAACUAGUAAUGAAUCUCACCAGAAAAAAACGCCUAUCAGUCAGUCUGCUGCAGUUGCAAAAGCUUGGCAGGAUGCUGCCUUUGCUAAACAAUUAAUUAAUAAUGCAGAAAAUGAUUCCUCUGCACCAACUGAACGAUCUCCAAGGGGGAGAAUACUUGUCUGUGCCCAAUCAAAUGCUGCAGUCGAUGAAUUGGUAUCAAGAAUCAGUGAGGGACUUUAUGGAAAUGAUGGGAAGGCCUAUAGACCAUAUCUAGUGCGCGUUGGAAAUUUAAAAACAGUUCACCCUAGUUCUCUACCCUUCUUCAUUGAUACACUUGUUGAUCGACAACUUGUAGAAGAAAUGAACAACCAAACUGGAGGCAAAAAUGAUAAUAUUGUAGAAGCUUCGAGUUCACUUCGUGCAAAACUGGAAAAGAUUGUAGACAAUAUCCGAUACUAUGAAUCUAAACGUGCUAAAAUUGAAGAAAAUGAAUUGAACACCAAUGAUUUGAAUGUUGAUAAAUCUUUAAAAAAAAUAGAUUCAUUAGAGAUGUCUGAUGCAGCAAUUGGUGCCAAGCUCAAUAUGUUGUACGGGCAGAAGAAAGCAAUCUGUGCAGAUCUCGCUGCUGCUCAUACUCGAGAAAAGAAAGUUUCUGAAGAGAGUUGGUCUCUCAAGCGGAAAAUUCGAAAAUCUAUCCUUAAGGAAGCAGAAAUUGUGGUAACAACCCUUAGUGGAUGUGGUGGUGAUAUAUAUGGUGUGUGCUCUGAAUCUGCUUCUAACAAUAGAUUUGGAGUUCACUCUGAACACAACUUGUUUGAUGCUGUUAUUAUUGACGAGGCAGCUCAAGCUCUUGAACCUGCAACAUUAAUUCCUCUUCAGCUACUCAAGUCCAAAGGAACCAAGUGUAUAAUGGUGGGUGAUCCCAAGCAGCUUCCUGCUACUGUAUUCUCUGAUGUAGCCAGCAAAUUUCUGUAUGAGUGCAGUAUGUUUGAGCGGCUGCAAAGGGCUGGUCACCCAGUGAUAAUGCUUAAUGAACAGCAUCGAAUGCAUCCUGAGAUAUGCAGAUUUCCUUCGAUGCACUUUUAUGAAAGUAAGUUACUGAAUGGUGCUAAGGUGGCAGAUAGGUCAGCUUUGUUCCAUGAGAACAAUUAUCUUAGCCCGUACAUGUUCUUUGAUAUUGCUGAUGGUCACGAGCAUCAUGGUAAAAAUUCUAGUUCUGUAUCCCUAUUUAAUGAGGCUGAGGCUGAGGCAGCUGUUGAUAUAUUGAAGUUCUUAAAUAAAAGAUACCCAUUUGAAUUUACCUCUCGAAGAAUUGGGGUUGUAACACCUUAUCGGAGUCAACUUUCACUAUUACGUUCACGGUUUUCCUCUGUGUUUGGAGCAGAACAAAUAUCUGACAUGGAAUUCAACACUGUUGAUGGUUUUCAAGGGCGUGAAGUGGAUAUCUUGGUACUCUCAACUGUUAGGGCUUCUGGUUCUAGUGCUGAAACACCAAAAUCUAGUUCCAACGGUAUUGGAUUUGUUGCAGAUGUCAGGCGCAUGAAUGUUGCUUUAACAAGAGCCAAAUUCUCUUUGUGGGUAGUUGGCAAUGCCAGGACAUUGCAAACAAAUGUCAACUGGGCUGCUAUGAUCGAGAACUCCAAAGAAAGGAAUUUGUUCAUUUCAGUUACCAGGCCAUAUAGCUCAAUCUUUACUAAGGCUGUGUCUUCAUCUCACAAAAGUAGCCAUUCUAAGUUGGAUUUGGAUUCCAGACACCAUAAUAACACUGAAAGAGGGAAAAAUGCUGAGCGUGGAAACAAAUUUGUGAGGUUCCGUACUAAAACUGGUGACGAAUUAAAGCACAGUAUUAGCACAAACAAUGAGCCAAGCAGGGGCACCGUCCAUAGCAGUUCAUCAAAUUCCAUUGGCCCACACAAGUUGGGAAGCAGUUCUUUACUAUCACCGGUGCAAGCAUAUGAAUACCCCAAGAAUAUUGUUUCCAGAGAAGCUUCUAGGAGUGAAAGAAAGCCUGUGAAGCAAUGCGAAGAUUCAGCUGAUUUUGAAAAUAGUGUAAGAAAACAUUCAAGUUGUGCUAUACUUGAAGAUAAAUCUAUACAUUUGGAACAGAAUUCUAAUAUUGGUUCUCUGGUAGAAAAGGCAAAAACUGCUCGGAGAGUUUCUGAAAUCCCAAGGUGUAAUACUCCAAGUCAAAAUUCAGUUUCCCUGGCUUCAAAUGAAUCGAGUCAGGUUCAGGGUAGCACCCAUAUAGCAGAUCCUGGUUCUCUGAUGAUAGAGCCAAAAACAGCUCGGAGAUUUUCCGAAACUCCUAGGUGUAAUACUUCAAGUCCAGAUGCAGUUUCCCUGGCUUCAAAUGAAUCGAGUCAGGGGCAGGGUAGACGUAAGAAAGCAGAUCCUGGUUCACUGAUGAAAAAGGCAAAAACUGCUAGGAGAUUUUCUGAAAAUCCCAGGUGUAAUACUUCGAGUCAAAGUUCAAGUUGCCCAGCUUCAAAUGGAUCGAGUCCAGGUAGCAGUAAGAUAUCAGAUAGUAAACCUUGUGUUGUACAAGAACCUAAAGAUUUGAUUGCGAGGAGGAAGCGACAGAGGGCAGAUGUUGAAGCUCUGCUGUCUUCAGCUCUUAUAUCUUCAAAGAAACCUGGUGCAUCGUCAAAGCCGACUUCUCCUGUGGAGAAUUCUUAUUCAAAUACAACUAGAAAACGGAUCACUAAAUCAGACAUAGUGUAGAUGCCUUGCACGUAAGUGUUAUGAAAAUUCACAGCUUAUUAUAAAAAGCACCAGUUUUCUCGCCUUCUUUUUUUUUA